AUGGCUAAUUCACAAGUUACAGACAAUUGUCAAAACCCUGCAAGAUCAACAAGAUCCCAACGCAGAGUUACACAAACCUUUCAAAGAAUUUACUACAAUAUCUCACUCACAGAAACUCCUUCCAGACCAAAAAAUUCUCAUCGAAAAGAUAAUAAAAUCAUACAAUGUCCUGAUACUAAUACAUCACCUUCAGUAAUCGUUGAUCUCACCUCUGUCUAUGAACAUACUUCUCCGGUAACUAUCUCACUCACAGAAACUCCUUCCAGAUCGAAAAAUUCUCAUCGAAAAGAUAAUAAAAUCAUACAAUGUCCUGAUACUAAUACAUCACCUUCAGUAAUCGUUGAUCUCACUUCUGUCUAUGAACAUACUUCUCCGGUAACCAACGACUACAUCAUCAGUGAUACUCAACUUCUACCAACAAAAAUACCUCCAUCAUGUCACAGACUAAAACGGAUAUCGANUGAACCACGAUCUGCUUGCAUCAACGCAAUUCAACAAAUAAGGAAGAUAACUUCGGAACAAGAAACUCAUGACUUGAUAAACUCUAGAAACUUCCAAACAUCCUUAGACAAGAAAAUUGACGACAUACGAAUAAAACUUGCUGACUUUUCAUUAAAUGUUCACUCCUCAAAACUACUAAAUCAAAUUGAAGAGAAUCUAAAGACCAUCAACGCAAGACUCGAAAAAUUAGAAACCUCCAUCAAUGUUGAUGUUCCACGAGUAAUAAUACCACCAAAACCAAUAAUAGUAAGACCACAAGAAGACUGCUCCACAACUGAUAUCGUGGAAAGGCUGAUUCAAGAAGUACCUAAACUGCCCGUGAAAAAAGUCUAUAGAAACAGCAAGAAGUUAGAACUAAAGUUUCAUAACAAUCAGCAUAAAGAAACGGUCCUCUCAACCUUACAAAAGACAGGUAUCCAAUAUCACGACAAAGACGUAAAGUUGUUCUCUCCAAUUCUUCUUAACACACCUAUCACAUUCACAGAAACUGAGAUUAUUGACUUGAUAAAAAUCAAUGGCGAUUUCGACCCAGCCUACGAUAUCAUCAAACUGACCAAAGAAAUCCCACAUAAAAGAGAUAAUUCUAAGAGAC